GUCUGUGUGUGGUACCGCGAGCGGCGGAGGAACUGGGUAUACCCAGCUAGCUAGUGGUGUAUUUUACAACGGCCGACAUUUUCAAAAAAAUUAACCUGUUUACUCGCUUUAAAAUAAUCUUUGGACUUACUGGAAGAUUCGUCUACUAUUGCUGGAUCUAAUAUAGGCUUUCUUUGAAGUUGUCUGCUGUCAACAACUCGUCCCAAUCGAGGGGUUUCCAACGUCCGACCGGACGGAGAUACGCUCUCCGCCUCGGGAUCACCGGGGUUUUUUAAACGACUCACAAGAGGCAAAGAAGAAGUGUAUGAAAAAUAGAAACGGCGACGGACAUUUUCCGCCCCCAUCACUCCGUGGUGACGGUUACAAGUCGAGGAUUAAGCUGUGUGUUUGGAUACUAUAUUUGUUUUAUUUUACCUGUGCAGAAGAGAGGGGAGGAAUCGGUCGAGACAAAGGUACAAAGGAAAGGCCGACGAGGUGAUACAUCCAGUGGUCGGGGUCUGAGUGUGCGCCUCGCAGCCGAGAACAGGGCUUUGUCCGCCGCCAUCCUGCGUAUAGAGGGGAGGGGGUGGCGGUGAUUUACCGCACCUUCACUGGGAUUACAGAAAGAAAGAGAGAGAGAAAACACACCGAUUCCCUCGUGUAAAGGACUCGACAUGUAUCCACAAGGCCGGCAUCCGGCACCUCACCAGCCAGGACAGCCUGGCUUCAAGUUCACUGUGGCAGAGUCCUGCGACAGGAUCAAAGACGAAUUUCAGUUCCUGCAGGCCCAGUACCACAGUCUUAAAGUGGAGUACGAUAAACUUGCCAAUGAAAAAACAGAGAUGCAGCGUCAUUACGUCAUGUACUAUGAGAUGUCCUAUGGGCUCAACAUUGAGAUGCACAAACAGACUGAGAUCGCCAAACGUCUCAAUGCAAUUCUGGCUCAGAUCAUGCCAUUUUUGUCACAAGAGCAUCAACAGCAGGUGGCUCAGGCUGUUGAGCGGGCUAAGCAGGUGACAAUGACUGAGCUGAAUGCUAUCAUCGGGGUACGUGGACUUCCCAAUCUGCCUCUCACUCAGCAGCAGCCACCUCAUAGUGUCUACCCAGCCGUCAUGCAGCAGCAGCUUCAGGCUCAGCACCUCUCUCACGCAGCCCACGGACCCCCAGUCCAGCUGCCCCCACACCCCUCAGGCCUGCAGCCGCCCGGCAUCCCCCCUGUGACAGGCGCUGGCUCCGGCCUGCUGGCUCUGGGUGCUCUUGGCAGCCAAGCCCACCUGCCUGUAAAGGAUGAGAAGAACCACCAUGACCUGGAGCACCGAGGCCCCUCAUCUUUUCACUUGCCUCUGGCCAUUCCUCUGAAAGAACGCGAGUCGAGCACGAACAACUCGGUGUCGCCAUCAGACAGCCUGCGGGCAGCGAGUGAGAAGCACCGCGGCUCUUCAGAUUAUGGUCUUGACUCCAAGAAACGCAAAGUGGAUGACAAAGACAACAGAUAUGACAGUGACGGAGACAAAAGCGACGACUUAGUGGUGGAUGUUUCAAAUGAGGAUCCAGCCACCCCUCGAGUCAGCCCAGCUCACUCUCCUCCAGAAAAUGGUCUGGAUAAAUCACGAGUCCUGAAGAAGGAUGCUGCCCCCAAUAGCCCUGCCUCUGUCGCCUCCUCGGGCAGCACACCGUCCUCCAAAGCAAAGGACCACGCCCAUAAUGACAAGUCAUCCACACCAAGCCUGAAGUCCAACACACCCACACCAAGGAAUGAGGCACCGACACCAGGAACUAGCACCACUCCAGGACUACGGCCUUUAACGAUGGGCAAACCACCCGGUAUGGAGGCUCUAGCUGCUCCUGCCCUGCGUACCCCACUGUCCAUUGCGGGUUCCUAUGCUGGCCCAUUUGCUAUGAUGGGUCAUCACGAGAUGAACGGAUCCCUGACCAGCCCGAGCGUUUAUCCGGGUCUCAUUUCACCGCAGAUGAGUGCUGCAGCUGCCGCCGCCUAUGGACGCUCGCCAAUUGCGGGGUUUGACCCUCAUCCUCACAUGAGAGCUCCAGGCCUGCCAGCCAGCCUCACUUCAAUUUCUGGAGGAAAACCAGCUUAUUCUUUUCAUGUGAGUGCAGAUGGUCAGAUGCAGCCCGUGCCCUUCCCUCCAGAUGCGCUGGUAGGCCCGGGCAUCCCACGCCACGCUCGCCAGAUCAACACCCUGAGCCAUGGGGAAGUGGUGUGCGCUGUCACCAUCAGCAACCCCACACGUCACGUCUACACUGGCGGCAAGGGCUGCGUCAAGAUCUGGGACAUCAGCCAACCAGGCAGCAAGAGCCCAGUGUCCCAACUCGAUUGCCUGAACAGAGACAAUUACAUCCGCUCCUGCAAGCUGUUGCCUGACGGCCGCACCCUAAUAGUGGGUGGAGAAGCCAGCACGCUGACCAUCUGGGAUUUGGCCUCACAGACGCCCCGCAUAAAGGCCGAGCUCACUUCCUCUGCUCCGGCCUGCUACGCACUGGCCAUCAGCCCUGACGCCAAGGUCUGUUUCUCCUGCUGUUCAGAUGGAAACAUCGCUGUGUGGGACCUCCACAACCAAACCCUCGUAAGGCAGUUCCAGGGCCACACAGAUGGAGCCAGCUGUAUUGAUAUCUCCCACGAUGGGACCAAACUGUGGACCGGAGGGCUCGACAACACUGUCCGCUCCUGGGACUUGAGAGAGGGACGACAGCUUCAGCAACACGACUUUACCUCACAGAUCUUCUCGCUGGGCUACUGUCCCACUGGAGAAUGGCUGGCUGUCGGCAUGGAGAGCAGCAAUGUGGAGGUGCUUCACCACACCAAGCCUGACAAGUACCAGCUGCACCUGCACGAAAGCUGUGUCCUCUCACUCAAGUUCGCCUACUGUGGUAAAUGGUUUGUGAGCACAGGGAAGGACAAUCUGCUGAAUGCAUGGAGGACUCCUUAUGGUGCCAGCAUAUUCCAGUCAAAGGAGUCAUCCUCCGUCCUGAGCUGUGACAUCUCAGCAGAUGACAAAUACAUUGUGACAGGAUCCGGUGACAAGAAGGCCACAGUCUACGAGGUCAUCUACUAAAGAGAAAGCAGUCUGCUGCUCUGCUUCAGCACUUCUACUGAGAUGACUUUUACUUUUUGUCCCUGACUACCCAUCUGUGGACUACAGCGGGCUGAGAUGAACUAAGGAACUUAACUGGUGGAAAUCGAUGGAUCUGUUGGCCCAAUGAUGCUUAUGCUGGAAAGAAGUUAACUUUUUUGACCUUUUGUUUUGGAGGGUUUAUUUUUGGGUUGCACGUUUUUUUUUUCUGAUUUUUUUCUGAUCUUCUGAUUUUUUCUCUCGCGGUUUUUCCUCCUCUGAGAAUAUUUUGGGUGUAACCCAGUGAAGCAGUGCUUCAUUUCCGAGAACCUUGUUCCCCAGACACCUUGUGAAAAGUGUAAAUAUUGGAUUAAAUAAAAAGACAUUUUAUAUAUAUUAUAAAAAUAUAUAUAUUUUCAUGUCCUGGGUGUACUUGUGAUGAUUUUUUUUGGCCCACUCUCUCUUACACCAUGAUAUUUAAGUGGGAGAGCAGAGCAUAGAUUAGAACUUUUUAACGACGUUUCUCUUUCAUUUUCUUAAAGCACAUUCUCCGGGCUGACCUUUUCAGAAAUCCAACAGAGGAGCAUGAAAUUUGUAAACCAGGACGUUUUGUGGAGAUUUUAAAAUGGCCUUUUGUCACAGUGCUCUUACCGGACGAUGAAAACGUGGUCUGAUCUCUAACAUGGAGCCCUCCGACUCAGGCAGAGCCUCGGCUGGUUUGGACCACUGUGGGACCGAGUGGGACACUAUGAUUCAGGAAAAGAGGUGGAUGUAAAUUUAAUUCAUAUAUAUAUAAAAAAGAACCUUUUUUAAAGUGUACUGCUCUGUCUGUGCUAUCUUUCUCUCUGUUUGUUUUACCUUGUUAGAUUAUGGGAGAUAGGGAACGUUUAAUGUUUAGCCUAACCCUUGGACCUCAGUUGGCAGCAGAAGCACUGCAGCAGGCACAAACUGAAUGACAAUGUGCUUUUUGCUAACUUGACGUAAUACAGAUGUUGAAUUGCACCAUUGAUUUCUUGGCUACAGACUAAACUCAAACAGUCUAAUCUGCACUAUUGGAAUCCUUCUGCCCUUGGUAUCUUAUCAAUGUUCCUGGAAUAUGUUUGUUUGGCCGUGAUGGGGAGGGUAGAGAGACAUUUGACCUGAUUAAAUGCACAGAUUAGUCUGUCUUUAUAAAACUGUUCAGUGCCUGUAAAUGUUCAUGAGGAAGGAGGGAAUGGCACUUAAAUCUAAACACAACAAAAAUACAAAACUGGUAAAUGAAGUGUCUCCCAUGUUAAUGGUAAGACGACAGUGAAUAAUUUUGGUUUCUACACUGUGCUCCUGAUCUUGUCAGCAUUUCCCACAAGAAAACAAAAGGGGUGAAAUGCAUUAGUCCCUCUGAAUCACACCAAAGUAUGUAGCAAAUGCUGUCAGCACUGAAAAGAAAUGUACAGUUGUUAAUAAAUCAAUAAAACUGUUUUUGUAGA